AUGUUUCUUUUACAAACAGCGGCAAAGCUGCUGCUUUCGGCCAGCUUGCUUUUCAGCUCAGCAGUAGCACACAACAUCCAACUUCCGGCGCAUGGCCGCGAAUGCUUCCACGAAAACCUGCACCAUGGCGAUAAGAUGACCGUGACGUUCCAGGUUGGCGAUCGGGAGUUCGGUAGCGCUGGGAAUCUCGACAUUGACUUUUGGAUCACGAACCCGAACGGCCAGUAUGAAAUCAACGACAAGUCGGUCUCAAACGGCGAUUUCUCCUUUGACGCGAAACACGAUGGCAAGUACGUCUACUGCUUCGGGAACGAACACUGGGGCGCGUCCUCCAAGGAGGUAUCGUUCAACGUGCACGGCAUUGUGUACGUGUCGGAGUCGGACGCACCGCAGGACCCGCUCGAGGUCGAGGUGCGGAAGCUGUCGGAGUUGCUGGAGCGGGUGAAGGAUGAGCAGGGCUACAUUGUCGUGCGCGAGCGUACUCACCGCAACACGGCGGAGAGCACCAACAGCCGGGUCAAGUGGUGGAACCUGUUUGUCAUUGGCAUCGUUAUUGGCGAGAGCGUCUUUCAGGUCUGGUGGCUGCGGAGGUUCUUCGAGGUCAAGAGGGUUGUUUGA